GGGACCCGCGCCGCGCGGCUGGGGAGGAAGGGCCACAGGACCGGGGUCCACGCCGUCAGUGGGAAAAGGGCGAAGCGCCGGGUUUUCCAGCUGCGCCCGUCGGACCGCACGAUCCAGUAGCUCCGGUAACUCCAGGCAGCGCGCCUGGGCACGCUGCGAGGAGCAUUCCCGACCGGAGGGGCCCCAGACCGGGAGUAACUCAAGUCAGGGAGCAUUCUACACCCGGGAGCGCCCCAGACCGAGAGCGCCCCAGACCGCGACGCGCCCGGAGCCUGAGCAUCGCCUGACCGCGGACCGUGCCCACCUGCAGCCUCCAACUGGGCUGGGUUCGCAGCCAGGAGCUGCCAGACGACUGACAUUCUUCUUUCGUUUUGUUUGUACUUUUUUUCCUUCUUCUUUUUUUGUUUUUGUUUUCGUAACCCUCUCUGGGUGCCUUAUCUCGUUAAUCACGCCUCUCUUUCGCGUCCCACGGUAGUCAGGAGGUGGGAUCGCUGCUUCUCACCUACUUUCUGAACUUGGCCUCCGCAGUCGCGACCUGGCGUGAAGGAGGAGCUGCCGCCCCCGCCCCAGCCUCGGGGACACCGCUCUGAAGAGAAGCCAUUUGAAGCAGUAUCCAAACCAUGAAUUGUAGAGAAUUAACGUUGUCCCUUUGGGUGCUUAUAUUUGUAAGCACCACAGAGUCUUCUUGUACUUCACGUCCCCACAUUACCGCGGUUGAAGGGGAACCUUUCUAUCUGAAAUAUUGCUCAUCUUCACAUGCACAUGAGAUGGAAGCAAACACCGGAAGAUGGCAAAAAAGCAGUGGAUCGCAGAAACGUGUGGAGCUGAACCCAAGCAGUUCACCAAGAAUUGGUUUGCAAGAUCAUGCUUUGGAGUUUUGGCCUGUUGAGUUGAAUGACACAGGAUCUUACUUUUUCCAAAUGGGAAAUCAUACUCAGGAAUGGAACCUGAAUGUCAUCAGAAGAAAUGAGCACAGCUGUUUCGCUGAGAAACAAGUAACUAGUAAAGCUGUGAGGGUUAAAAAAUUUUUGCAGAUAACCUGUGAAAACAGUUACUAUCAAAAACUGGUCAACAGCACAUCAUUGUAUAAGAACUGUAAAAAGCUACUGGAGAACAAGGAAAACCCAGUGAUAAAGAAGAAUGCUGAGUUUGAAGAUCAGGGAUAUUACUCCUGCGUGCAUUUCCUUCAUCACAAUGGAAAACUAUUUAACAUCACCAAAACCUUCAAUAUAACAGUAUUGGGAGAUAGCAGUUACAUAGUUCCGGUUCUUCUUGGAUCAAAGCUUAAUCAUGUUGCAGUGGAAUUAGGAAAAGAUGUAAGCCUCAACUGCUCUGCUUUGCUGAAUCAAAAGGAUAUACUUUAUUGGAUGUAUGACAAUGGAUUGGAUCUUAAUGUACAUGAAGAGAAAGAAAUAAGAAUUAUGACUUCAGAAGGGAGAUGGCAUGCUUCAAAAGCAUUGAGAAUUGAAAAUAUUGCUGAACACAAUCUAAAUUUUGCAUAUAAUUGCACUGUGACCAGCACAGGAGGCACGGACACCAAAAGCUUCAUCUUGGUGAGAAACGCAGACAUGGCUGAUAUCCCAGGCCACAUCUUUACAAGAGGAAUGAUCAUAGCUGUUUUGACCUUGGUGGCAGUAGUGUGCCUAGUGACGGUGUGUGUCAUUUAUAGAGUUGACUUGGUUCUAUUUUAUAGACAUUUAAUGAGAAGAGAUGAAACAUUAACAGAUGGAAAAACGUAUGAUGCUUUUGUGUCUUACCUAAAAGAAUGCCGACCUGAAAAUGGAGAGGAGCACACCUUUGCUGUGGAGAUUUUGCCCAGAGUGUUGGAGAAACAUUUUGGGUAUAAGUUAUGCAUAUUUGAAAGGGAUGUAGCACCUGGAGGAGCUGUUGUUGAUGAAAUCCACUCACUGAUAGAGAAAAGCCGAAGACUAAUCAUUGUCCUAAGUAAAAGUUACAUGUCUAAUGAGGUCAGGUAUGAACUUGAAAGUGGACUCCAUGAAGCAUUGGUGGAAAGAAAAAUUAAAAUAAUCUUAAUUGAAUUUGCACCUGUUACUGACUUCACAUUCUUGCCCCAAUCACUAAAGCUUUUGAAAUCUCACAGAGUUCUGAAGUGGAAGGCUAAAAAUUCCCUUUCUUAUAACUCAAGGUUCUGGAAGAAUCUUCUUUACUUAAUGCCUGCAAAAACAGUCAAGCCAGGUAGAGACGAAUUGGAAGUCUUGCCUGUUCUUUCAGAGUCUUAAUCUUCAGAAACGCUGAAUGCCAAAAAGCACUCGAGAUAUUCUGGGGACAGAGCAUAUGAACCUGUUUGUUACAAAGGCUGUGACUCUAAAUGUUUAACUGUAAAAAUCCUGCUCACAAUUCGAAGAUGAAACUUGUCAUUAGGUUGGCGGGAAUAAGACUGAAGGUUGAGCUGUGGGCUGUGGCCAUGUGCUCCCAGAAGACCUGGAAUUCAAAAGAAAUGGAGCUCUUCUUUUACUCCCUCUUCCGUAAGUGGGUGCAGCUGCUCAUACUUAAUCCCAUAUUCAGUAAGUGUGAAGCUGGGCAUGAUGCAAAGUAACCUAUGCCUUACAAAGAGGGCGCAUCUCCAAGAGUUUUAAUCCCAGUGAUUAAUUUAAAUGAGGGGAUUUUAAGCGCAUGAAGAGGCAUUUUCUAGGGACCAGUGGGUGACAGGGUAGCUAAAAUGCUGCUUUCUCUCCCUAACACUGUGGAUCUGGUUGUGCAUGGGAUGUGGGAGGAGGGGCUGGCAGGGCCUCAGACUCAGGAUGCAUUUAAUGUAUCCCAGCCGCAGUUGCAGCCAGUGGUUCUUGAAAGUCCCAUAAGGCCCUGCAACGCAGAGCCUGCUUAUGUGGAUCUAUUUUGGGAACUUCUUUAAAGGACCCCAGAAUACCUUUUCAUCUUUCAAAAGAGACACAAAUUCUAAUUUAGAGAAUUAUCUGGGCAUUUCACUUUUGAUGGUUUGAAACAUUUGUUGAUUUUGUGUGAAUGUUUAUAUCAAAAUGUUUGCCAGAUUGUAUUAACCCUUGGUUUUCAAAAGUUACAUAUUUAAAAUGCCCCUAGCAUGAAGGCAGCAUGGUGUGGCAGUUAAGAGAUGGACUGUGGAGUCAGUCCAUCAUGAGCUCCAAUCCUGAGUUUGCUGUUCACUUCUGCGACCUCUGGAACCUUAUCCAAUCUCUCUGUCCCUCAGUUUCCUCAUCUGUAAAUUUUGAAUUUAUGAUAAUUGGACCUGUCUCCCAAGGGUACUAAAUGAAUAAAUGUAAGUACUUACAAUGGUUCCUGGCACAGACUCAGCAGUCUGUCAGUGUUGCCAUGACUAUUUUUAUCAUCGUUAUUAAUGAUUACUUAGAUCAAUUAUUUAGCAGUGGACUAAUGGAAGCUACAGAGCAGGGAAGGGAAGCAGAUCUAGGGAGGACAGCAGUUUUGAUUUGAGGAUGUUUGCACACGUAGAAAAGCAUAUUGGAGAAGCGUAUCCAGAGGGCAAAAGAUAUUUCUCCAUUGAACAUCCGCCUCUUUUAACGUUGAAAGACACGUCUUUCUCCCUAAAGGGAGCCCAGCACUGGGAGCCUUCUUGAUGAUCUCAAAAUUAAUAGCUAUCCAAGGAAAUCACUGAGUGACUGUGAAACCUUCAGUUUGGAAGCCUGGUUAGAACACAUGGGAGCAACAUGAAUGUUCUACAAAAGUUUAAAGCAGAGACUGUUUCAAAUAGAUGUGGUAGAUGUUACUGAAAACCAAAGGAGUGAAAUUGUGUGUGAAAGAAUAUGAUUUAAUGUUUGUAGUGCUUACAGUUUUGUGCACCAACUGGAUGGCUAAAAAGGAUAAAAUAAUUUAAUAGCUCAUAUUUUAUGUGUGAAAACGUAUUAGCAAAAACAUAUGAUUAAAAUAAAUUUUAUUGCUAUAGCAUAGUCUCUAAUACAUAGAAUGAUUUAGCUUUUCUCUUUUAUUAUACUUGCUUUAAAAUAAUUGAAGCGUAUUUUAUAUUAAAUGCAUUUCAAAUUAAAUGCAUUAAAUGUAUACAUUAGAUGUGUGCUUUAAAAUGCAUAAAACACUUUGAAAUACAUUAAUUAACUAUUGUUCUAAUGCCUUUAUUUUUGAAAUGUCUUGACGUCUUUUUCACUUACUUUAAGAUUCCAAUUCCUCAUUCUCAACAUGGACUCCUACCUGUUUUAAUAGAAUAUAGGCACUUCUCUCUCUCUUUCUUUCUUUC